GCCCAAGAUAAUCCCGCUAUUGACUGGUGGGCAAUGGGUAUCAUCCUCUUCGAAAUGCUCACCGGCGUAACUCCAUUUGCUGAUGAGACUCCAGAGGCGAUAUUCCACAACAUCCUCACCGCAGGUACCAUCUUUCCUGCCAACAACGCAAUCCGCAUCCGGUCUUGCCUGCCUUUUAUUCCUGUUUAA